CAUUCGUACAUCCGUCGUUGUCUCUUUCAACGCCGAUUCAUCGGUGUCCAUUCGCGUUUGUGCGCGCCAACGCGACCGUUUAGCGGCGAACGCGCGCAUACAAGAACACAACAACAGCACCACACCACCACUUAGCCAUCACUCACCACUCGCAACACAAUCAACCCAUUCGGUGCAUUCAACGUGCCUUCGCUGCCACCGCUGCCGCCGUCGCUAUUGUUGGGGCUCUGUGUGGCUCACUGAUUUGCCUUAUUCGCCGCAGAUAUUUAACAUCCUGUUCCGUUUGAUCUGGCAUUCAGUUGUUGCAUACUUUUCAGCGUGGUCACAUUAGCGCUGUCAAAUAAAGCGGACCGUCACAAAAUUUCAAAUAAAAUCUUAUGUGGCAAAAGAAGAAGUAGCACCGUUAAAAAGUCAGCCAAUCAGUUUUGAGUUUCGAUAUUUUUGAAAACGUGGACUUUGCUUUGCUUUAAAGUGUGUUACAAGGUCAAAUAUAAACAAAUAACUCUUAUUUUGUGUGUGUGCAAAUAAAAACGGUUAAUCAUUUGAGUAAAGCUAAAACUGUGGAGAAUUCAAAACUGUGCUUUUAAAAUACUUUAUGUGCGCUCAAGAAAACUUUUGAAAAACUCUUGAAAACUGUCGCGGUUUAUUGUCAGCUUUCUCCACUCAUCCCAUCAAAAUUUGGACCACACUCCACUUGUGUUACGUAAAACUUUAAAUGGCCGUGCAAAAACUGAAAUGUCUCACUGUGUGUAUUUGUAAGUUGUUGCUUUUAUUUCUACUUUGCAAUGCCGUAGCAGCAACAAAUGGUACCGGAAGCAAUGUGACGACGCAUGAGGGUCAUAAUUACCCGACGGACGAAAACAAGCGGACGAGACGUGAUGUUUCAGCGGCGGCCGACAGCACUACUACGCUUCAACCGUUGGCCUCUAACAACGACAAUGCUAACCUCAAUGCGGCUGAUAAUAAGGACAAACAUAAUUUGUCAUUUAGUGUUGUUGGCAAUCCACUGCGUGCCUUGAACAUUGUCAAGCGUACACCGAGCGGCUUUAUUGGAAUGCGCGGUAAAAAGGAGUACGAAUAUACCGAUUACAGUAAUGCCAACAAUUUGGCAAUGGAUGACGAUGGUACAGCCGAUUGGGACAUAGAUCCCAUACAUCGAGUUGCCUACGAAAAUGAACUGAAUGACGCCUACGGUCAUUUAUUAGCUUUGGAAUCACGCUUCAAGAAGACACCCAGUACAUUCUAUGGCGUUCGUGGCAAAAAAUACAAUGACAACGAUGUAAAUGGUGUUAAUUCGUUAAUACGGCGUUUAGAAGAAGAUCGCUUGCGUGAAUCGUUAAUGCAGAAUUUCCUCAGAGAAUUAAUAAAUCGUCAAGCAAUGCCACAGAAUGAUGUCACAAAGCGUGCACCAACCGGUUUCACAGGAAUGCGCGGUAAGCGACCAUCGGUGAUGGACUAUUUUUAUUACGACGAAGAUGGUACAUUGGCAGAUCCCUUCGUGGCGGAGAAACGAGGUCCAGUCAAUGCAUUUAUGGGUGUGCGUGGCAAGAAGGAUACGAAUCAUCAGACGUUCAAAAGAUCUCCACUAGAGUCUGGCAACCGGCGCAGCAAGUCUCAACGUUUUGUCGAUUUCAACAACAAAUUCGUGGCGGUGCGUGGCAAGAAGAACGAUGCCAACGAUGACAGCAGCAACACUUUUACCGAUGAGACACACCAGGGGUACUACGUCAACAAUAUACCUCUACUGGCGCUGCACGGUUUGCGCGGUAAACGAGCUGCAGCCACGCCGGCAGAAACGGAACCCACGACAUACAAAUUAGCAGUCGACGACCUACACGCGCUAAAGAACUAAACUCGAAUUACCUGGCAUUAAGACACACAUCAUACAGCGAGCUACAUAAUAACGAAAAGCAAUUUUUAUUUUACUAAAGUUUUCAUGCAAAAAAAAUACAUAACAAUAAAUUAAAUAAAAGUUCCUUUUAUCGACAACAUUUAAAUUUGCAAACAACUCAAAAAUACAUACAUACAAACACACUAUUUACUAAUACAUUUAAGAGGCUAAAUUUUCAACUGCGAGUACCUUGCAUACAGACUAACAUUUGAGGCUCAAGUUCAAUGGCGUUAUUCACUGUGUGGCUCAUAAUGAGAUUGCAGAUAAUUACAAAAGCAAAAUAAAUAUAAUUAUAUGAAUUGUAGCUUAUGUUUCUGGCAGAAACGCCGUUAUUUAUUGUUUGUUAAUAGCAUCAUUUCUUCUUCAAUAUUAUUAGUCUGUUGAGGGGAAUGGCUUGAACAAUCAUGGGCUGGAAUUGUUCAAGCACAAAUCCUCAAGCAUGCUAUAAUUGAAGCUUUUAUCUUGGGUUUUCUCUCAAAUAAACGCUUUGCAAUCCAGCAAAAGACUAGAAGACUACCUUAUCAUAGAGCAUUCUUUAAAUAAAUUCAAUAUAAUUAAAAAAAAAAUAUUAAAUUUAUUUUUUUAAAUAUAUUAAAUAUAAAAUCUCUGUAAAUUAAUAUAAGUAAGUAAAUAUAUAAAUUAAUAUAUAAUAUAUAUGUAAUAUAUACAUAUAUAUAUAAAUUACAUGCAGUAAUAAUAAACUGGUGAAAGAAACUUAAAAAUUAUAUACAUAAAAUAUUUUGAUUUAUUGAUUACUGAAAAUAAUCGAUUUGUGUGCUUUUUUUGCGAUUAUUAAGUCAAUUUUGCAUAAUUUAAGAAUAUAAGAAGAGAAAAAUGGAUUGAAUACCAGACAUUCAUAAAAUAUUCCUUGUAAAUACCAUACCUAUAUGUACACUCAAUGAAUUGUAACUGUGCUUAAACAUCUACAUACCUUAUAAACGUGCAAUUAUUGUAAAUUUAUUAAUUAUUUAUUAACAAAUUAUUGAACGAAUAAAGAACUAUAUAAAACGAUAAAUAAAUGCAUAAACCUACAAAAAA